AUGGAAUGCACAGGACAAAAUUCCUCCCUGUGGAACCACACUGCAUUGGUGGAAUUCAUCCUGAUUGGGUUUUCUGAUGUUCCCAACCUUCAAGGAUUCCUUUUUGGUAUAUUUCUGAUAAUCUAUGUCUUUAUUCUUAUGGGAAAUAGCCUCAUCAUCAUGAUAACUAAGGUUGAUCCUUCACUGCAGACUCCCAUGUAUUUUUUCCUUAGGAAUUUUUCUUUUUCAGAAAUAUGUUAUGUAUCAUUUACUGUCCCCAGAUUAUUAACAGAUCUCUGUAGGCAACAUGGAAAUAUUUCAUUGCUGGCCUGUGCUAUUCAAAUGUAUUUCUUCCUAAUCUUGUCAGCCACUGAGUGCUUUAUUCUCAGUGCCAUGGCUUAUGACAGGUAUGUUGCCAUUUGCAACCCAUUACUCUACUCUGUCAUCAUGAAUGAUAGGCUGUGUAUGCAGCUGGCAGUUGCCUGUUGGUCUACUGCAAUUCCAAUACAUACAUUGUUGAUCUCUGUGGUCUUCUCUUCAACCUUCUGUGGAUGUAACCAGUUGAAUCACUUUUUCUGUGAUGCACCUCCAGUGGUUCAGCUUAUUUGUGGGGAUGCUUUCAGGGUUGAAAUGUUGCUGUAUAUGAUUUCUGCACUACUUGCUAGUAUACCUUCUUCUCUGAUAGUUGGAUCUUAUGUGAAAAUAGUCUCCACCAUUCUGAAGCUUCCAUCAGCAACUGGCAGAGCCAAGGCCUUCUCGACCUGUUUUUCCCAUCUCACGGUUGUCACUUUAUUCUUUGGCUCAGCCAUCAUUGUGUAUUUCAAAUCUACGACCAGUCGCUCAACAGGAGUGGACAAAUUCCUUUCUCUCUUUUAUACUAUCUUGACACCAAUGUUAAACCCAAUUAUAUAUUGUCUGAGAAACAAAGAUGUUAAGGUGGCCUUGGAGAAGUUACUACAAAAAUGCAUUGUGCUGUGA